AUGGACGGAUUUAACCCUUAUAACGGCAAGCCUCCGUCUAACGGCUCUGGCUCCCAGGGCGAUGCUGGCUCUCAAGGUGCUGGCGGUGCCCCUGGUGUAUCCCAGCAAGGCCUCUCCAUGGCUCAGACUAACGGCCAAGCUGGUGGCGAUAUGACACAGCCCUUCCCUGCCGAUUCUGCUCGUCAGACCCUUUGGAUGGGCGAGCUAGCGGGGUGGAUGGACGAGGGCUUCAUUCGCACAUUAUUCCAGUCGACGCUCAACGAAAACGUGCAGGUUAAGAUCAUCCGAGAUCGUCACUCUGGGUAUGAAGAACCUGUCUAUUGCCAUAUUCCUCGCGGAAGCCCGAGUGGGUUCCCUGAUACUACCGGUCCUCCCAAGCGGCAGAAGCCUGCCAUCUCCGAUCCUGCUUCUUUAAUUUCUUCCCUGCAACCUCAAACCAACAGCUUCUCACAUAACAAUAGGAGCGCCGGUUAUUGUUUCGUCGAAUUCGCCACCCCGGAGGCUGCCCAGAAGGCUCUGCAGCUGAACGGCACGCCCAUCCCCAACACCGACCGUGUUUUCCGUUUGAAUUGGGCUUCGGGUGGAGGUCUUAUUGAUCGUCGGGACGACCGAACUCCCGAGUUCUCGAUAUUUGUUGGAGAUUUAGGUCAUGAAGUCAACGAGUUUGUCCUGGUCGCUCUGUUCCAGGCACGAUUCCCUAGCUGCAAGUCAGCUAAGAUCAUGACCGAUCAGCAGACUGGACAGUCGCGAGGCUAUGGGUUCGUCAGAUUUUCUGAUGAAAAAGAUCAGCAGCGUGCGCUAGUGGAGAUGCAAGGCGUUUAUUGUGGUAACAGACCUAUGAGAGUCUCGCCCGCGACUCCCAAGAACCGCAACCACCAGGGAGGGCAGUUCAAUCCCUACGGCCACCAGAUGGUCCAACCCCCCCAAGUUCCGCACCAUGCUGGCAACAUGGGUGGUCAAUGGGUACAGCAGCAGCAACCGCCUAACUAUGGCUACCAGCAACCCGGAACGUUUAACCCAUUGACUAUGAACCAAUUCACAGACCCGAACAAUACAACUGUCUUCGUUGGAGGUCUUUCUGGCUAUGUGACAGAAGACGAACUAAGAUCUUUUUUCCAGGGUUUUGGCGAGAUUACCUACGUUAAGAUCCCACCCGGCAAGGGCUGCGGUUUUGUUCAGUUUGUUCACCGUCACGCCGCGGAGAUGGCAAUCAAUCAGAUGCAGGGUUACCCAAUUGGUAACUCGCGGGUUCGUCUGUCUUGGGGUCGUUCUCAGAACAAUUCUGGUGUAGGUACCCCGUAUCGUCCUGCCCCUCCCCCGCCUCAUUACUUCCCCCCUGGUCCUCCUGGCCCACCUGGUCCCGGUCCGUUUGCCGGUCCUAGCUUUGGUGGCAGCGGUCAUCAGGGCCCUCCCCCUGGCGGCUUAGGUCCUCAGGUACCUAAACCUUGUCCUAGUAAACCCGCUCGCAACAAUUCAGCACCCGGUAUGAAUUGUCGCACUUGGUAUGAUCUAGCAUAACCGGCGUCCUGCGUUUCUGGCGUUUCGGCAUGCUUCUCAGUCUCUCGUAUCGCUCUCUGGUUUCGGCUCCUCGGUCUUAUCCAUCUUUGUUUCCCUACCAUGUACGACGCCAUCUACACGCGGUUGUUCGAUCAUCCUUCUCCUCGUUAUGAUAUGCAGGCGUUGGUGAGUUCGAUACGACAAAUGGACGGUGCGCACGGGGUUCGGGAGUCUUAGGCAGUUGGUUCCCUUGCCUUGCAUUGACUUUAUGGCGUUUGUCCAAAAGUAGAUGUUUUAACAGGGAGAACCGUGUACCAUUUGCAUUAUUUGCUACGACGUUGAUUUCAUUUCACGAUUUCCUUGGUUUUCACCUUAUCCAACCUGAGCGGCACUUCGUCUUCCUUGAUGACAAUUUCGUGGCAUAUAGUUUCGACAUGUCUCAAACAUUGGCGAUUGCAACUGCUUUUUUCUGCGGCUACUUUGCGUCCUGAUG